GCCAACCCCCUCAAAAUGUCCAGGUGAGACCAAGUCAGACAGCAUCGAACACAAGGCCAGCUGGGACGCACUUGGCAGUCAGGAAGCACCUCUUUUACAGUGUGUGCCUAAGGUGAAGAAGAAGCUUGUCCCACCUUGUCUCCUGAGGAGCUGUUUAUUCUCCUUCAGCCUCCUUCACCUCUAAGGCAGCAGUCAUGAACUGGUCUGCAUUGCAGUCACUCCUCAGCGGGGUCAACAAGUACUCCACCGUGUUCGGCCGCAUCUGGCUCUCUAUGGUGUUCAUCUUCCGGGUAAUGGUGUUUGUGGUGGCCGCCCAGCGAGUGUGGGGUGAUGAUAGCAAGGACUUUGUGUGCAACACAGUCCAGCCGGGCUGCGAAAACGUGUGCUAUGACCACAUCUUCCCCAUCUCCCACAUCCGUCUAUGGGCCCUGCAGCUCAUCUUCGUCACUUGUCCGUCACUGAUGGUGGUGGGGCACGUCAAGUAUCGGGAGAAGAAGGACAUGCAGUACACUGCCUUGCACAAGGGUUCCCAUAUGUAUGCCAACCCUGGGAAGAAACGUGGAGGGCUGUGGUGGACCUACUUGGUGAGUCUGAUUUUCAAGGCAAGCUUUGACGCCGGCUUCCUCUACAUCCUGUACUACAUCUACGACGGUUACGACAUGCGCCGCCUGUCCAAGUGCUCCCUGGAGCCGUGCCCCAACACGGUGGACUGCUACAUAUCGCGUCCCACUGAGAAGAAGAUCUUCACCAUCUUCAUGGUGGUCUCCUCUGCUGUCUGCAUCUUCAUGUGUAUCUGUGAGAUGAUUUACCUCAUCUGCAAACGCAUUCAGAAAUUGAUUAGGAAAAAGACAGAUGCGGAUAGGAGGAUGUUCGCAGAGAAACACGAGAUGACACCGCUGGCAGCACCCAGGUCAGAGUUCAGAUCCAAAACAUCAGUCAGAGUGGAUCCCACAGCCUCUAUCCACAACCUCAGUAAUGCCAAGGCUGAGGAGGGGCUAUCUAAGAAAAAAUAACAUACAAUAUGGCAGCGGUCAUGCAGAAAGCAGAGUACUCAAGGGACCACUUGAGCAAAUGCAUUCAUCAGACUCUGUGGAGAACUGCUGCACGACACAAAAGAUCAUCAUCCAUUAAUUUAGAGAUUUCUGAGACAGUGUUUGGUAAAUAUUAUCAUGUUAAAUGACUUUUUACAGGAAUGCACACCAUAUGCAUGCAAAUUAACCCCUCAAAAAGGAUGAGUUAAAUAGGAAGUUAAAGGGUUUAGAGUAUAUUUUGGUACUGGUUCGUGUAGUGAGUAUGGAUGUGUGCAUGUUUGUGGUUUUGUGUAUGCAUUAUUGGCCAGUCAUAUGUAUAUAAGCUGUUAUGUCAGGUACUUUGUAAAUGAAACUAUAAAUAUAAAAUGCUGAAAUUCACCAAGUAAUGUAAAUGUGGUAUAGAGAGUGAACCAUUUCCCUGAAUAUACACACUGCCCCCUUAUAAAUAAAACAAGACUUCCUUUAGGGGAAACACAGUAAUCGUCAGAAAGUACUUGAGGGUUUUUUGUUUCCAGAUAUUCAAUAUGAAGAAAAUGCUCUUUAUUGUUUAAAAGUGACUUUGACUCCGGUUAACAUUUUGUGUCACACAAUUAAAUCAGAAUUGCUAUAGGUAUAAUACAUGUAUUAAUAAAUGCAAUGAAAAAUUAUACAAAUCUACUUGUAUGCCCACAAAUAUGGUUAUUCUAAUGAAGUAAGAUUCUAGAUAAUAUAUUUUGUUUUACAUUUUGUAUUUAUUGUUGUGAUCCAUAAAGUUAUUUCUAUGUUAA